AUGACCGACAUGACCUUAAUUGAAAAACCGGAAACCAAUACCGGCGAAGUUGAUCAAAUACGAGCGUUUGUGAAAGCUAUUUACAAGCAUAAAAGCGGUAAUUAUCCGUCUCUCAAGCAUUCUGGGGACGGGUUCAUUUUUCCUGCUGCAGAGGGAGCUACUUCUAACCGAGGAAACAAGCUGUUGCAAGGGUCAGAAGGAAUAAGCCGGAGUUUCUUGGAUGAUUCGACAGAAAUAACGGAGGAAAAAGUGUUUUACAAUGGGUCUGAGCACAAGCUUUUGGGGCGUAAAUACGUUGAUAAAAUUGAAACGGACAACGUGGAUUUGCAUGAGUUGGUGGACGUUAAGCGCAUCUUGACACCCAUGCAGUCGCUCGGGGACGUGAUCGAUCAUCCUGCUGUAUCACGAACCUUCAUGAGCACUAUAUUGGAGGAGUUGGCACAGCGCUCUGUUUUGAUGAUAGAGAAAGAACAGAUCAACGUCAUUCAUUAUUCGAAACUUCUAGAGGUUUUUUUAGGAAAUCAUCCCGAUACCAUACUAGAAGACACUCUACAAUUAGUGGAUUAUAACCAUAAUUUAAAUUUACCAGAUGAACAUGGAGACGAACAACCUAGGAAAAUUAAAGAAAGUCGACUUCCAAAUGGUGAUGACGAGGAUCCCUUUUUUGCACUGCCAGGAUUUGACCCAACCAACACACUCACGUCCUUGAUACCGCAAAACCACGAACAGGUAUCAGAGGAGAUUGAAACUGCGCGGCAACUCACGCAAAUUGCGCUGCAAAGAAAUCAAGAGUUUAUAAGGAAUUUGCAAAAAAUUCGCAAUUGUCUCGUUAAGGCUAAUAGAAUACGACGGAGGGUUUUGGCGUGGGGUAAGGAAUAUAAUGGCAUCCCUGAAGAAGACGUCACUGUUCCUUCUGCGCUGGAUAUGGUAAAACGCGGACUCAUUAGUGCAACUACGAAUAAAACAAUGACUGAGGAUAUGGCUGAGGAGGAAAGUUCUGCUCAAGAGGAAUGA